CGGCCGCGCACACAGAGUCGCGCUUUAAAAUUCGCAUAGUGCGCGUAAAGCGUUCGAUUGCUUGCGGUCGCGCCAUCUCGCUCGCUCGUACACGAACGUAUUCGCAAUGAAAAGCGACUGCGUCUGCGUUCGCAUUGGUUCUACGGAGAGCGCUGUUACAGAAAAGCUGUUGUUGUUAAGCUUAAGCAGAAAAGGUGUCAACGCCGGCGUCGACGUCAACGCAAACAGCAAGAGCAAAGUGUAUGGAGCGUGUUUCGCAUUGCAUGUGAUUUAGUCGAACUGUGAGCGAGUUCAUUUUCACAGACAACUGCUAAUUGCUAACAACAACAAUAGCAAAAGGAAAACAUACACAAGUCCCAAAUCCCAAAUCAAACGAUCUACAAAAGCCAUAUAAACAUAAACAUUAACACUGAACGCUUUGAAUUAACGCGUUUUGCGAGACAUCAUGGAUAUCGACUCAAAAGCCUCGAAGCGCAUUGAAAUUCAACAGUUUCUACUGGAUGUGCGUGCCCACUUUCGUGCGUCGCUAGCGACAUCAGAGUAUGAGAAUACUUCGAAUCUGUUCCAUGUGACGGCAGCCGAGCAGACGCAGGAGCUGCUGCAGCGCUGUGAGCAGCUGCUGGACAGCUAUGCAGACGAACAGGCGGCAACAACAUCAACAGCAGCAAAUGAUGCCACAGCCACAACAGCAUCCAUUAAAUCAAAUGGCUGCAACGAAGUGGGCUCCGAGACCGGUUGCUAUCUGGAUAUGAUGUCCUCAACAUCAGCAUCAGCAGCAGCUUUAGCAACGCCAAUUGCAGCCGCCGCCUCAAAGACUUCGCUGUGCGCCUCGAGGGAGUACAUCGAUCUGAGCAGCAGUCCGUCGUUGAGCAGUGAUAAAACCUUUCGUUGCUCUAGCAAUCAUCAUUUGGAAUUGGAGCAGCAGCUUCCCCAGCACUCGCAGCACUCGCAGCUCUCACAGCACUCACAGCACUCACAGCCUCCACAGCAGGAGCAGCAGCUGUAUGACAUUUGCCAAAAUCCUGGAGAAGAUGAAACCCAACAGGUCUUUGCGCACGAACUGUUUAUCAAUUGCCCCUACGCCGAUCUGCCCGCUGGACAUUUGGCCUUGCAGCGUUCCAUCAAAUUUGGCCAAUUGCAUCGCAUUGAGAAGCGUUUGUUCUUCGAUCAGACCAAGAAAUAUUAUUGUGGCAUCUUGAAUGAUUGGAUGCUGUGCUAUGCUGACGGUCCGACCUCUUGCCGGCCCAGCAGUAGCCUCUAUUUGAAGAGCUCGGCCAUUGAGAUCGAGCAUUUUGGUGAGGGUAAACGUCGCGAGGUUUGCUUUCAAAUCACCACCGCCGAUCCGGGCAAGAAGUUUGUCUAUCAGGCGAACAAUGAGGUCGAUGCCAAAGAGUGGAUACAUGCCAUUGAGGCGGCCAUACGUGGCGAGGCCGUUGCGCAGGCGACGCUCAAAUCGCUGCGCAAACUGCCCACACCUCCGGUCAUGAAGAGAAACAGCUUUGCGCCCUCGACGACGACAACGAUGACCAACAAUGACAGCAUCUAUGAGGAGCCAUCGCCCAUAUACAACUUUGGCGAGGCACUGACACCGCCACGCCUGCCCGACAAGUGCAACAGUCCGAGUGCAUUGGCCAAACGUUUCGAAUAUGACAUACCAAAGUGUCCGCCCCAGCCACUGGUCAUGGACGAGGAGCCAGCUGGCAAUGAGGUGGAAACAGCUGAGCUGCUCAAUGGUGGCGGUGCAGGUUGUAGUGGUGCUAUAGCGAGUGGUAGUGCUAGCGCUGCAGCUGCUGAGCUCAAGGCACAGCCACAGCCGCAAUCAUCCAGCUUGCAUGGCAACUUGGCGCUAGAUUUUCAGGCCAAGGUCAAGACGGUGCACAGCGAGCUCUCUAGUCAGCUGACGAGUCCGGAGCGCCUGAAGAAGGCUGCCAAGAAGAGCUAUUCGUGUGGCACCAACAACGAACCGGAGUUGCUCGCCCUAACCAGCAACAACGGUAGCAGCUGUAGUCCAGCCACACUCAAGGAGCAAAAGAAGCAGCGCAAGGCGGUGCAGACACCGCCAACGAGUCCACAGAAGCCGCCCAGCAAGGAUUGCGACAAGCUGGCACGCAAUUGGUUUCUCAGUCGCCUGAACAAGUCCAGUGCGGGCCAGAGUUCGCGUUCGACGGGUGGCGCCACGAGCAACCCCACCAGCAUACCACCAAAUGCCAAAUGCAAGCAGAGCGAAAAAGAGAAUCUACUCAACGGAUUGGAUCUAUGCGAUGGCAGCUAUGAUACAGCGCCUAACGAACUGCAGCAGCAUCAGCAUCAGCAGCAGCAGAGCAGCAAUCCAACAUCGCCCUGCCUGAAGGCGGAGGCCAAGAGCAAGGUGAACAUGAUCAUCAAUCAGUUCGAGAGCAGCGGCCAUCUGUCCACCAUGUUCAGCGUGGAGGCAUUGGCAGCCAAUGCACUGGCCUCUCUGACAUCCUUUUGCGAGAGCGACAACUGCAACAACUAUGAGCCAAUUAUGCCGUUGGCAACGCCGCCCAGCAGCUAUCUCAAAAAGGUGUAGGAUGUGGCAUACUGGAUCAUCUAUCAUACACAGAUUUAAAUAUAUAUGUAGAGUUAGGCUAGCGACAAAACACAUACUUUUCAUGUUUAUCCUUUCUCAACAUUGACAUAAAAUUGUAAUAUCAAAACAUAAAUUGGUUAUAUAUACAUUGGUAUAUAUAUAUAUAUAUGUUCAAAGGGGUAUUUAUGCAAGUGUGUUCGUGUGUGUGAGUGUGAGAGUAUGUAAGCGUGCGCAUAACAGCUUGCAAUAUAGCGAGGUAGUUAAUGCCAAGUCGUU